AUGGCAAUUAACGAAGGGAUAGGACCUCCAGAUGGCUCGUAUCCUUUUCUUGAUUGUCAACAUUUUUCUGCUCCUGAAAACUGCUAUGCAAAUCAACUUGGGACUAUUACAAAUAUCCCAAUCACAAAUGGAGUCGCUGUAUCUAAAUCUAAGCGGAAAUCGUAUUCUGGAUCUUCAGUGGAGGUUGUUGAUACAAAUAUAACCAUCCCUCUCGAGGCACACCCUAUAGGAAAUGGCAAUAAAAACACGAGAUCUCUUCACGAGCCUUCCAAACUGGGCAAGCCCUCAAGGAGAAAGAGUCUUGAUGACACAUGCGUAGAAACGGCAUUGUCUGAAUUAAGAAAGAAGUUGCCAGAGAUAAGGAAAGCUGAUGCUGAAGUAGCUGCACUGAAGAAAAACCUAGCAAAUUUACCUCAGAAAGAAGCAGCAGCAGCAGGAAAAUCAGUAGGAGAGGUGGUGGUGUCUAACAAGCCUAGUACUGCCGCAAUUUCUGGCACAGUUGGACUUCAAUCAGUGGUGAGGAGGAGGGCAUCAAUGCGCAUGAAGGUUCCUAUCUCUGAUUUUCACAAUUUUGACAAUGAUAGGGCUGAGCAAUUCUUCAAGGCGAAGCAGAUAUGGGCGCUCUAUGAUGAAAAAGAUGCUAUGCCACGUCUGUACUGUCUGAUUUCAGUCUCACCGUUUAAAACUGCAAUUAGUUACAUGAACUCCAAAACUGACGCGGUGUUCGGAGAAAAAAUAAAACGGGGAGGAUGCCUUAGAAUUUAUCCUAGGGGCGGGGAUAUAUGGGCCAUAUACAAGAACUGGUCAUCGGAAUGGAACAGGGAGACCCCCUUUGAAGUUAGGCAUCAAUAUGAGAUGGUGGAAGUUAUGAUGGAUUAUGAUGAAGAAGAUGGGGUUUGCAUGAGUCCACUGGUGAAAGUAGAUGGUUACAGGACUGUGUAUGGGAGGAACCCAGAUAAGGGUUCCAUUAGUUGGGUUUUGAAGAAGAAAAUGUUGAGAUUCUCACAUCGUGUUACUUGUUGGCGAAUUAGAGGUGGAGAAAGGACUGAUGAUCUGCCAGAAUGCUGUUUGGAUCUGGACCUUGCCGCCACCCAAGAUGGCCUUAUCCUUCAACAGCAGCAAGAACAAGAAGAAGCUGAAGCUGGGAAACAUAAAUGUACUUGA